UAUGCCAGAACAGCAUCAGUCUGUGUAACACACUCUGCAGUGCCACAAUGGUGACAGGCAAGUGUUUUCUCCUCUUGGCACUGGCCACUGGGUCGUUGGCUAUGUCGGUAACAGACAUGGGAGGUUGUGAGCAGCAAAUAGAGGAACUUCGGGCGCAGAUGGCAGAAAACCAAAUACUCAGGCAAAAACUUUUGGACAAAUUAACACAACUGGAAAUCGAUAUUGAACCAAACGAACAAGGUGUUGUAAGGCACAAGAGAAGCUACUAUCUUGCCGGACCACCAGGCCCAGCUGGGCAUCCAGGUGAGCCAGGUGCCCCAGGUAUCGACGGCCCCCCAGGUGCACCAGGUGUACAGGGAGAGGGUGGAGACAGAGGUGAAGUCGGUCCACGAGGACCAACUGGACCUCAGGGUCUUCAAGGUGAACAGGGGCCACAAGGACCCGUCGGACCAGCAGGUGAACGCGGAGAGUUUGGAGCCCCAGGAUUCCCGGGUGAGAAGGGUGACAUGGGCCCACAAGGACCACCAGGUGUACCAGGGCUUGACGGACCACAGGGACCAAAAGGCGAACAGGGAAUGUUCGGACCACCAGGACUGCCAGGAGUUAAGGGAGACCAGGGUGACGCAGGAUCUCAGGGGGCCCCAGGUGGUCAGGGAGCACCAGGAGAGCCUGGAGAACAAGGGCCUCCAGGCGUUCCAGGUAUGCGUGGACCUCAAGGUCAUCCAGGACCACAGGGACCAUAUGGGCCACCAGGUAUUCCCGGAGAUAAAGGAGACCGCGGAUUCCCAGGUCGCCCAGGUGUGCGGGGUGCCCCAGGUUAUCCCUACGUUGCCGCUGCUGUUGCCGCACCAAUGGGAAAAACACAUAAUCAAAAGGCAUAUUUAUUAACAAUGGCAGGCCGCGUGCUUUUUCUCUUGUCUUUAGUUGUUUUUGUGAGUGCUACGGAAGUUCAGGACCAGAUCAAGAAGUUAAGGGAGGAUAUUCGGACCCUGCAGAGCCAAGUGGAUGAUGAACAUGAUAUUCUGUUCAAAUCCCAGGCCCGCAUUGAGCUCCUGGAACGAGCUGCAGAAGAAAUGAAACAGGAACGUCUGGAGAUGUCUGAAUUGUACAACCGCCAGAAGCGUCAUGUGUUGUUCCAUCCAGGCCCUGGCAUGAAGAUGGCAGCAGCACAACCUGUACUUGCUGGGAAAAUUGUACCAACUGAUAAGAUCCCAGUAGGAGCCCCUGGACCUAAAGGACCCCCAGGCCAGCCUGGACGAAAUGGGCGUGAAGGACCCCGUGGUAUUCGGGGAGAUAAGGGACAGAAAGGGUCUACCGGUACAAGAGGGCCUCCUGGCUCCUAUGGUAUGCCAGGAGUUGUUGGUCCACCCGGAGAGCCUGGUCAGCCCGGGCCUAAGGGAGAAAUGGGAUUUACAGGAUUUCCUGGCAUUAGAGGUGACUGGGGAAGUGAAGGUUUGCAAGGUCCACCUGGACAGGACGGACUUGUCGGACAGAAAGGUAACCGCGGACACCCAGGCUUUAUUGGCGCCUUUGGAUAUCCAGGCCAGAAAGGACAUAAGGGAUUUACCGGGGCGCCGGGACAAGAAGGAGUUCAAGGUAUUGAAGGCGCAUAUGGAGUUACGGGAAAACCUGGCUCACAGGGACCAAAGGGAUACCAAGGACCGGUUGGACAACAAGGUGGCGACGGAGUUCCAGGAUCUAAAGGUACAAGGGGUGACCAAGGCCCGCCUGGGACAAAUGGACCUCGCGGCUUCCCAGGACCUGCUUACCCUGCGCACUACGCUCACGCGCUAGGAGGGUAUCCAAAGAAUGCUGCUGCGCCGAGGUACGUGUACCAUCCUGCGGCCGGUGUUUCCAAGCUCCACAGUGCGCCUUCUAAGUACGGUCCUGUAUACCCGGCAGCACCAGUACAAUUUAAGUACGCACAAGCAAUGGCGAUACAACAAGGAUAUCAACAGAAAGGAUAAACAGUAUCUAUAAAAUAACAUAAUAAAUAUUAUACUUGUUAACUUAAAGGUAACGAAUCCAGUGGUGCUGAAGAACUACUCAGCUAAUAUAAGUACAUAAAAAUGUCUUCCUGGAAUAACUAGAUAUCUUACACAAAACUUUUCCUGAUUUUAUCACUUUUGUUAAUUUCAUUAAACACUCUUUUGAAUUAAAUAUGUGCCAAAUUUUAUGCUAUAUGGAAAACAAUGAAUAUUGAAAGUAAAAGACAGAAGGUUUCAAAACUAAUUAAAAAAAUCUUUUGUUGUU